AUGAGUCCCCCUCCAAGCACUCCUACGCCAAGAAGGUUUCUUCUACCAAAGAGGGGUACGCAAUCGUCUCAAACUCCUACCGGACUUCCGCGGUUUCAGUCAACCCCUCGUUUCGCCUCCUCUUCUGUUCCUAGGCCGACACAGGCAAGGGCUGGCAUCGACAUUGAGGACGUUGAAGAAGUCGAAGAUCGUACUCAAGGAAGCUCUCAGGGCAGUCAUGGCGAUCAGCUCGCACCUAAGAAGUAUGAGUCGCUCCACGAUUCUAUUGAAGUUGAGUCCGAUGACGCAACAGCUUCGCAAGAUACUAGUUCAGCCAUGUCGGACACAGAGAUAGAUAUCAAAAGCCCAGGAUUUUUUGAUCGGGAGGCUUCAAACGCGCCAAGUGUACCGCACGAGGCCUCUCCGUUAGAAGGGCGAGAGCCGAAACGGCGAAGAGUAUCAAUUUCUCCCAUGCAAGAGUCAAGCCCAGUAGAGGAACAGCACUACAUGGUCGAUGAGGACCCAGAAGAUAUACACGAGAGAGACAACGCAGAGACCCAGGAUUCUACACAAAGUAUUCAAGAUGCCAUCCUUCCCUAUGAUGAGUCAAAGGCACUUCAGCAACCAACAUUCCGCGAACCGCCGCGCUUCAAACAGGUUGAACUCGACACCGCAGCGGACGGUCUGCCGGCAGUAUUCUCUCCCCAGCGACGAGGAGAAAAAUACAUAGCUGGAGGGCUUGCCGCUGAGCUCCAAGGAUGGCUGUCUGAUGUAAAAGGCUGGGAAGGUGCAGUGCCAGCCCCUGCUUCGAGCAUCAACGUGACAGUUGAGGAAGCCCGAGCAGGUCGACGUAUGUACUUGGUCAAAGGUCGCUCCGGCACGUCCGAAGCAAAGAGAUUCUUACUUGCUGGUGAGGGCAGACUGACGGGCCUAGGACAGAGGAUGCCUAUGAGUGUUGGCAGUGUCGUUGAGGUGGGGCAGCCAGUGUGGGAUAUUGAGAUGAAGGGAGAGAUUUGGACGGUGGCGUGCGACUGGAGAGUAUCUUAA